AUGGUGUCAGAUAGACGAGGUUCAAAUCAAUCGGCUGACUUUGAUCAAAGAAAAGCUAUAAUAGUUGGUGAACUUUUACUAGAUGCCUCUGCAGAACCGAUUAUCAACUCACUAAGAAUCAAAAGAUAUCUUGAAUUGAUGUUUGAAGAAUAUGGAAUGGAUGAUCUAGAAUUGUAUUUUACAUGUCCAGAACAAUAUAAAGAUCAAUGGGGAAUUGAGCUGUUCAAGUUCAAAAUUAGCUCCCUAAACUACCUUUUGAGUGAUGUUAUGGAUUACUGUACUCCAAAGAAACAGAAGAAUAAGAAUCACAAAUCAGACAAAUUGAGAGGUGUUAUAGUUGAUGUUGAUAAAAAGUUACAUGCUCUGAAUAUUAAUAGUCUAUGUUCAAUUGAUCAACUAGAUUCAUCCAAAGAAAAGUUUUCCAAGAUUCUACGAGAUCUAUGUUACCAUUUGGAUAAGAAAAGCAGAGAAUAUUAUAAGGGAACUUUGGAUUUCAUUAGUUGUAACACAAAUUUGAAAAUCGUUGAUUCAUCAGAAUUCAAGAGCUUGAACUUUGAAGAGGAGGAGCUUGACCCUGGUUUCGAUUCCACAGACAAAAAUUACAAGUUAUCAACUAAUGAGUCCAUUGAUAAUCAUCAAGAAACCACGCCGAGAGUAAUAUCAUCUGAUUUUUUACAAGGUCAAACAGAAAUUGAUGAAUUGAUUGAUUAUAAUCAAACGUCUCCACCUGAAACUCAAUAUCUCCAUAAUCCAAACAUAAUUUUCUAUGGUGAUCAAGAGAUUCCCAAUUUAGGACGUGGACCUUUCCCCAAUAGUUAUGUUUGUGAUAUCAAUGGUGGGUAUUACUUGGUAGCUGUUAACCCAUCAACUGGCCAAUUGGUUGAUUUUUUGGAUCCAGCAACAGGUGCAUCGUUAUAUGAUCAACAACAAAUCAGAUCAACUCCACAGUUCUACAAUCAAAUACAACCAAUCACAAAUAACAACUAUAAUCAAAUUUAUACUAAUUAUAAUCAAUAA